GAUGAGUGUUUUAUAAGCUUAAUUAUUCUCAAAGUAUGUUUUUCACUAGGUCAAUUUUCACAUUAUUAGUCCCCCCCUCUUUUUUUAUUUUUAUUUUUUUUUAUAUCAUAUAGUUGUUGGUAUAGGAAAAUAAUGUAACACCUAUAAUUAUCAAUUUAUCAUCAAACCUCCCCCACACUAUUUCUUUGUCUCCACACCUCUAAUAUCAUAAAAUACACCCUCUCUCUCUUUCUCUCUCCACCCAAAGUGAACAACAAUUUCUAGAGAGAGAAAGUUGUUCUAGUUCUAGAGAGAGAAAAGCAAAGAAAAAAAAAAAAAAAAAAACUACCCUCAUAAGCUUAAGCUAGUAAGUGCAAGGAAGCCAACUUUGAAAGAGAUUCCCUACUUCCAUUAAUCAAUCCAUUCCCCCCACUUUCAUACACCAUUCUUUUCUUUACUUCUCUCUUUUCUUUCCCUUCCUAUCGAAUCGGAACCUCUCAUAUAAUUCCCCAUCCUUAGAACAAGAUGACUGAUAGAGUCUACCCCGCCGCGAAGCCGAACCCGCCACCAGCGGCAAUAAACGGAGGCGGCGGGGGAGUCAACGGAACCGCCGUAAACGGAGCUGGACCGGCUAAAACCGGUAAACUCUACAACCCGAACCGCCCUCGGCCAGUCGGCUACCGCCCACCACAAAACCGCCGGUCAAGACGCUCAUGCUCGUGCCGAAAAUGCUGCUGCCUUACAUUCAUAUACACACUCAUAGCCUUACUCACACUCCUCCUAAUCGCGGCAAUCGCUGCGUGCAUCUUUUACGUGUUGUACCACCCGAAGCACCCGACCUUCUCGGUGUCCACAAUCCGGAUCUCCCGAUUCAAUCUAACCUCGGCCGAUCCAUCUGGUUUCGCUCACCUCAACUCUCGCCUCGACUUCACACUCACUGCCAAGAACCCCAACAAGAAGAAGAUCACCUUCGUUUACGACCCCAUGUCGGUGGAAUUCUCCGGCGCCGGCGUUGACGCCGGCAACGCCACUCUCCCGGCGUUCACCCACGUCAACGGAAACACCACCAUCCUGAAAGCCACCGUUAUAAGCGACCCGACCCGAGAUCUUGACUCGGACACUAUAAAACAACUUAAAUCCGAUCUAACUAAGAAGAGCGGAUUCCCAGUAACAGCUGAGUUGAACACAAUGGUUCAAGUUCAAUUGGGAAAAAUCAAGACUAAGAAGAUUGGAAUCAGAGUUAUAUGUGAUGGGAUUAAAGGAUUUCAGCCUAAAAAUGCAACGUCGAAAACACCGACACCUGGAACGACGUCGGAUGCUAAAUGUAAGGUUGAUCUUAGAAUUAAGAUCUGGAAAUUUACUUUUUGAUUAUUUUUUAAUUUUUUUUUUUUGGGUUGAUGAUAUGACUUUUGUUGUUUGUUUACAGUACUACUACAAUUUUUUUUACAUAUAUUUUUAUAUAAAUGAGGUUUAUAAGUUUCGAUCUUUAUAAAUCUGGGCUUGUAAACUUUUUUUUUUAUUUUUUUUUAUUUUAGUUUAUUUGUUUUCUGCCCAAAAUGGGUUGAGGAAAUUUGAAAAAAAUUGUGAAAUGGAGAAAAUUUGUGGCUAGCAAAUUUUUAGAAUGAUACAGAAAUGAAAAUUGAAUAAUAAUAUAAUACCAGUAGUAGUAUAAUUCUUUUUUUUUUUUUUUCCGCUUUAUGUUGGCGGUGGCAAUAUUUUAUUAUACGAGUACUACGUACAUACCAGUUGUAAUUUUUUUUUUUUUUUGUUUUGGAAAUUUACGCGGUUUGAUGUAGUUCCAAAAUUAAGAAAUGAAAAAAAAAAUAAAAAAAAUACAUGAUAUGUUUGAGGUAUUAAUUUCUAUUAUACAAUUAGGUGUAUAACUGUAUUAUUUAUGAAUUACGAGUAUUUUUUAAAGAAA